AUGGCAUCCCGCAAGCCGACCCUGGUCUUGACGACGCCCGUCUCUGCCACCUUCCCGGCAGAGGCGCUCAAGUCAGCCGCCUCUGUACGCACGCCGUACUCGGCUCUCUGGCGUGAGUCCAAGGGCUCGGCCGGCCUGCCUUCCGCAGGACUUCCCUCUGCCGGUCUUCCGUCUGCUGGUCUCCCGUCUGCCGGCCUCUCUUCGGCCGGCCUGCGCUCUCCCAUGGUCGCCGUCAAGACCGAAGAUGGCCUCCUCAAGACGCCCAUCACACCGCCUCUGGCCUACACGGAUUUUCUCAAGCUGGCCAGCCCCGUACUGCCGAGUCCCAGCAUGUCCAGCCCGACCUUUACGAGCGCCGCACCGGCAUCAAGGAACAAGAGCGCCCUCAAUCCCACGUCGUCACCACCGUCAUCGUCGGCUACAGAAGCUGGCAGCGAAGGUCCCAAGAAGGCCACGACCAGAUCCGCCUCAGACAACAAAGACGCAGCCGAGCCGAGCACGGACGCGGAUGCGGACACGGAGACCACCGCCAGCAGCAACAACAGCAGCCCGUUGACAGCUGCCAGUAGUGCCUCGAUCGAAUGCUCGUGCGACUGCGAGCGCCCGCACAAGUCACCCAAGGUGGCCCGAAUCGACACGUCCAUGCCGCCCAGCCCGUUCAACCACUAUCCCAUCUCUGCGCCAGCCAUUGGACGCACUACCUUUCCCAGCAUGGCCAUGCCUAUCUCCCCUGCUGUGUCCAACGCCAACUGGACCGACUCGCCCGUCAGAUCGCCGUUCAGUGCCAAGUCGGGCGUCUCGCACUUUGACUGGGAGAGCGCGCUCAAGACAAGGUAUUCGGAUGGCAAGCCAUCUCCGCACACACAUGCCCAUGCGCACGGCUGUGCCAAGGCGCCCUCUACCAGCGCAUCAAGAACCAGCGUCCGACACAUCCGCGAAGUCGUCACAAGAACGGUCACCUACACACCACGCAUGAACCCGCCGCCCAAGGGCAAGAAGAGGAAAGCACAAUGUGACGGGACAGCCUGCUCAUGA